AUGGCAACCGGACUGACCAGCGUUCCAGCUAGUCACACAAGAAACCUGUGCAUCGUGGCUCAUGUAGAGUGAGUCUUCCAAGGUCCUACACGAUGGUGCCGCUCAUGUAGCCAGAGUCAAGCUGCGAAAUGGCCGAGUCGGAUGCUCACCUCCUCGCACUCAUCUUGGCCGGUCGACUUGUGCUGCUCGACUGUAGUCAUGGAAAGGCGAGUCCAGGCCAGACAUAAGCUCCACUGGUGCCUCACAUGCUGAUCCAGCUUCGUGGUGUCUGCUGCACAGUCCUCAUUCGCGGACUCGCUGCUCGCCUCGAACGGGAUCAUCUCGUCUCGUCUGGCCGGGACAAUACGUUACCUCGAUUCGAGGGAGGAUGAACAAGAAAGAGGCAUCACCAUGGAAUCAUCGGCCGUGUCACUAGGGUGGAGGAUACCGAGUCAACCUACGGACGGUGAGCAGAUGGCUCUCCUUCGCUCUUUCGGAUCGGACGGAUCGCUGAUGGUGUGUGGGGGAGCGCUCCCGACGACGAAUCGACUAGGUUCUGCGCCCGUGUUGGAAGAGUACAGGAUCAACUUGAUCGAUACACCUGGCCAUGUUGACUUCUCGAGUGAGGUCUCGACCGCUUCGAGGUUGUGCGACGGGGCUCUGGUACUCGUCGAUGCCGUCGAGGGUGUCUGCACUCAGGUCGGCGUUCACCGAAUUUGUCGGGCAGCGGGCAGCGGGCAGCGGGCAAUGGACUCAUCUGUGUUCCUUUAUUUUCUAGACCAUCACCGUCCUUCGUCAGACCCAUCUAUCCUAUCUCCGACCUCUACUGGUGAUCAACAAGGUCGACCGCCUCGUGACCGAGCUCAAGCUCUCCCCGUCGGAAGCGUACCACCACCUCUCGCGCAUCAUCGAAGACGUCAACGCCAUCGUGGGUUCCUUCUACGCCGGCGAAAGGAUGGAGGACGAUUGGAGAUGGAGGGAACGGCGCGAAGCCGCUGCUGCUGCUCGGUCUGGAGCAGAAGCGGGUGCGGACGUCGUUGAUGAGGAGUACGAAGAGAGGGACGAUUCGAACCUCUAUUUCGAUCCUUCGAACGGGACCGUGCUCUUCUCCUCUGCCAUGGACGGAUGGGCGUUCAGGAUCUCCCGUUUUGCUCAAUUGUACGCUGUCAAGUUGGGCAUGAGUGAAGCCAAUCUCAAUCGAUGCCUCUGGGGCGAUUGGUACCUUGAUCCCAAGACGAAACGAGUGAUCAAUCGCAAGAAGAUGGAGGCGAGUGGUAAGAAGCUUAAGCCAUUAUUCGUGCAAUUCGUCCUCGAGGCAAUUUGGAACGUGUACGACUCGGUCGUGUUGAACAAGUCAGUCAAUCAAACAUCCGCGUGAUUGAUGUGCACGGCUGACCCCGCUCCAUCGCUCCGCUCCAGCAACCCGACCAAGGUCGACAAAAUCAUCUCCUCGCUCAACAUCAAAGUCCGACCGCAGGACCUUCGAGCCAAAGAUUCGCGCAACCUCCUCCUCUCCAUAUUCUCCCAAUUUCUUCCCUUGGCGCCUUCGACCUUCCGAACCGUGAUCGACAAGGUACCUUCCCCACCCAUUGCGCAGUCCACUCGAAUGCCCAAGAUGCUGCACCCCGACUUGGGGCGAUCAAUCCAUGAAGUCGCACCGACGAAUCGACUCGAGGAGCAUCUCUAUUCGGGCGAGGAAGGUGUGGAUAAGAUCAAGGUCGCUUACGUGAGCAAGAUGUUCGCGGUCAAGAGCGAGGACUUGCCGCAGAACCAGAGGAAGCAAUUGACCGCGGAUGAGAUGAGGGCUCGUGGGAAAGCCGCGAAGGAAGCAAGGGAUCGUAGGAAGAAGGCUUUGGAGGAAGGGGUCGAGGUCGGCGAAGCGGAGGAGAACAAUGGGGAAGAGGAGGAGGAGGCGACGUUGGAUAAGGAUCGGGAGGAGUUGAUUGGGUUCGCGAGGUUGUAUUCUGGCACGAUCGAGGUCGGUCAGGGGAUGUACGCCGUUUUGCCCAAAUACAAUGCCGCGCUCGGACCGAAUCAUGCUUCGAAUGCGAAGCAUUUGCAAGCCGUCAAGAUUGAGCAGCUGUACAUGAUGAUGGGCAGGGAAUUGGUUGCUGUCGAGCAAGUUACUGCGGGGAACCUGUUCGCCGUCGGAGGCUUGGAGGGCGUCGUCGGUCGGAAUGCGACGCUGUGCGCGAUGCCAGGAGACGGUGAGGUCAAACAAGGUGCCGACCGAGAGGAGGACAAGGAAUGCCUCGUCAACCUUGCAGGAUUGACAUUGACCGUGAGUUGAAUCGUAUUGUAUCAGCUAUGACAAUGGAGCUUACGUCACGUUGCACGACCUGCAGUCGGCACCCAUCGUUCGAGUCGCGCUGGAGCCCAAGGAACCGUCGCAAAUGGACAAGCUCGUCGAGGGGCUCAGGCUGCUUAAUCAAGCCGACCCCUGCGUCGAGACUUUGGUCCAAGAGACGGGAGAGCACGUCAUUCUGACGGCUGGUGAACUGCACCUCGAGGUCAGCGAGGAGGCCUUUCUGCGGUACGAUAACUCCGAACUGAUCAAGAUCGGAUUUCUCUCAAGCAGCGCUGCUUGAAAGAUCUGCGAGAUCGUUUCGCAAGGAUCGAGAUUACCGUCUCGCCUCCCAUCGUCCCUUUCCGCGAGACAGCGAUCUCUGUCCCAGGUCAGUAUCAUCUCUGGCUCUUAUGUUCCCCACCUCCAUUCUAACAUCAUGGCUCGUCGCGCAGAAAUGGCGCCACCCAAAGUCGCAGAUCGACCGCGCGGCACGUUCCUCGGCUCCAAUCAAUCCAAUUUCGUCACCUUCGCAAUUCGAGCAGUGCCAUUACCUGAAGCGAUCACGACGUUCCUCGUCGCCAAUAUGUCGACUCUGAAACGGCUUCAACGUGAUCGACGAGCCGGCAAAUCGGUAGAGGAGGAUGCCGUCGUCGAAUCAAGAGGCGAGACCUUCGAGGGGGUCGAGCCCGUUAAGCCGGAGGAUUUCUGGACCGAGUUGGAGGCCUUGUUUAAGAAGGCUGGGAGGGAUUGGGUCGGACUGGCCGAUCAAGUUUGGGCCUUUGGGCCCAAGCGAGUGGGACCGAACAUCUUGGUCGAUCGGACGUCGGGACAUGUGCGGUCGUGAGUGACCAUAUCGGUCUUUCGGCUGAUCGCUCAUGCGAUACUGACUGUCUGUGCAUUUCUGAGGUAUUUUCAGGCUUCGGAAACGACUUGAGCGACAAGGUUCACUCAUUUCCACGGACGGGACAGCACUUGCUACGCCUGCACCCGGUUCACCCUCUCUGAAACCCUCAGCCGGCGAAGCCAGCCUCGACACCGACGAACUGGCCGCUCAACUCGAGGACACCACCAUCGCCGACGAUCAAACCAUCUCCCUGCCAGAUGUGCGAGAGUUGGACGAGAACUUUGACAGUGCUUUCCAACUCGCGACGAAUCGGGGUCCGAUGUGCGGUGAACCUGUCAUUGGGAUGGCAUUCUUCCUCGAAGCGAUCGAGCUCAACGGAGCCGAGCUCACCGAUUCUCAAAGUAGGUCAACCCCGUUUUUGUUUUAUCACAUGUGAAUAAUGCACUGACGCUUUUGAUCCUCCACAGUCCGAUCCAAGUGGUCGCUCGCGCGAGGCCAAAUCAUCUCAACAGGUCGAGAAGCCUUCCACGCCGGUCUCCUCGACUGGUCCCCCCGUCUUCAACUUGCCAUGUACUCUUGCGAUAUCCAAGCCACUGGUGAAGUGCUGGGCAAGGUCUACGGCGUCGUAUCGAAACGGAAGGGCCGGAUCGUCUCGGAAGAGAUGAAGGAAGGCACCGCGUUCUUCACUAUUCGAGCUUUAUUACCCGUGGUGGAGUCGUUCGGGUUCGCGGAUGAGAUUCGAACGAGGAGUUCUGGCGCUGCGAGUCCGCAAUUGGUCUUCCAUGGGUUCGAGAUUCUGGAUCAAGAUCCGUUCUGGGUUCCGACGACGGAAGAGGAGCUGGAGGACUUGGGGGAGAAAGCUGAUCGGGAGAAUAUCGCGAGGAGAUAUAUGGAUGCAGUAAGGAGGCGUAAGGUACGUUUCUAG